CGGGUGUUCUGCACGGCCAUAGUUAUCUUCCGUACACAGACGAGCCGAGCGAUGUGGGCAGUCUUGUUGUAACGCAGUUCGGCAUCUGCAAGGCAUAUGACGGAUUCUGCUUCAUAAACAACACACCUCUACAGGUCUAGCAUGCCUCUGGGCGACAUGAGGACACCCCUGCUGUCCAACUCAUUUGACGUCCCAGAGGAACCCCUGCCCUGUGACCCGGGAAACCCCACAGUGGGCAUCCUAGGCUCAGGUGAUUACUCCCGCUCCCUGGCUGUGCGAUUAGUUGCCUGUGGUUAUAGGGUAGUGGUCGGCAGCCGUAACCCAAAGCAUAUAGCCAUCGGACAGUUUCCUGAUGGGGUUCAGCUUCUCACACAGCGGGAGGCGAUGGUUGGCACAGAGAAGGUUGUCUUUGCUGCUCUCUACCCUGAACACUACCACACCCUGGUGGGGUUGAGGGAUGUGCUGGCUGGGAAGGUGCUGGUGGAUGUGAGCAACGCCACCAAGCUUAACAGUGGAGAGCCGUCUAACGCUGAGAGGCUGGCAGAGCUGUUCCCAGAGAGCAGAGUGGUGAAGGGCUUCAAUGUGGUCUCGGCCUGGGCCCUGCAGACUGGAGCUCAUGACGGCAGCAGGCAGGUCCUGAUCAGCAGUGACUAUCCUGAGGCCAAGAGAACUGUGAUCCAGCUGGCUCGCUGCAUGAGUUUCCUGGCCGUGGACAUGGGAGGCCUUGCUAGCUCUAGGCACAUUGAGGACGCCCCCCUGCGCCUCUUCCCAUCCUGGGGCGGCCCCCUAAUGGUCACUUUCCUCCUCAUCCUCUUCUUCUACGGCUACAACUUCCUGCGUGGCGUUCUCAUGCCCUACCUGUCCCGGGGGCAAAACAACUUCUACCAGCUGCCCCUGGAGACGGUGAACGAGACGCUGCCAGCAGUGGCCCUGGUGAUCCUGGCGCUGGUCUACCUCCCGGGACUGUGGGCUGCCGCACUGCAGCUGGUCCGGGGAACCAAGUACAGCCGCUUUCCCGGCUGGUUGGACCACUGGAUGGGGAGACGCAAACAGCUAGGCCUGCUGAGCUUCCUGUGUGCCGGGCUGCAUGCGGUCUACAGUAUGUGUCUGACCCUGCGCAAGGCUUCUCAAUACAGGCUGCUGGAUGCAGCGUACAGACAGGUGAAGGCGGGAGUGGAGCAUUCCUGGGAGGAGACUCAGGUGUGGAGAUCGGACCUUUAUCUGUCCUCUGGCAUUCUGGGACUUGGUGUUCUGACUCUUCUGGCCAUCACAUCUCUACCCUCGGUGGGUAACGCUCUCAGUUGGAGAGAGUUCACUUUUGUACAGUCAGGGUUGGGAUACGUUGCCUUGACUCUCUCCAUCAUGCACACCCUCUUCUUCAGCUGGGACUUUGCUUUCUUCUCAUUUGCUUACCCUUACUACAUGCCCCCCACAUACCUGCUGGCACUGAUCCUGCCCUGUCUGGUCCUGGUGGGUCGGCUCUUCCUGGCGCUGCCCUGCCUGGCGUUCAGACUGGCAAAGAUACGUCGAGGCUGGGAGAGUCCAUGCCACCACCCUCCUCAGACCCAAGAGGACACAGCCAAUGGCGUGCUGCCCAGGGACUUGAGUGGUGAUGUGUGAUGAUCCAAUCAAGUAGAGACUCAGUGCAAAUCCAUUUUCUAGCUCUGAUGAAAGGGAUGGUUCAUUGUACAUAUUUUGUCUGACACACACUAUGGCACUUUUUAAUGCCACUUCAUUUUUUCAUCCAAAUAAGAAACAAACUCAAGAAAAUUGUUACUAUUUUUCUAGAAACUGAAAUACUGAAAGGUUACCUCACAAGUCCAAUAUACAACUACCUUCUGUUAUGAUAAAUUACAGUGGGGGAAAAAAGUAUUUGAUCCCCUGCUGAUUUUGUACGUUUGCCCACUUAAAGAAAUGAUCAGUCUAUAAUUUUAAUAGUAGGUUUAUUUGAACAG